AUGGAUGAUAGUAGUAUACUACUAUUAAACGAAGGUUUAAUGAAGAUUAAAAAGAAAUUUGAGGCAGGUGAAAUGAAAGCAUUUGGUCAUAAUCAACUUAAAAUCCUCAAAGACUUUCAAGAGAUUAGAAAGCAACAAGCACAACUAUCAAUGAAACAGGUAUCGAUAGGUUCAGAGAGAAUUAAAUUUCACGAUGCUGAUGGUAUUGGAAAGGAAGAAGAUCACCUAAACGUCUAUGAAUCAGUUAGAGAAAGAGAUGAAGAUCUCACCAAGCUGACGUCCAACCUUACAACUCUAUGCAAAAAUAUUGAAAGCGCAAACAAAGUUGCUUCUCAAAAAGAAGGUCAAUAA